GUUGUAGGCCAGGCUUCGCAGCUUGCACCGGGCGGCUAUGGCAGCUACGGCUAUCAGCCAUCUCCCGGCUUUGUCACCCAGGUGCCACCUGGGGUUGCACUGCCCGGCGGGUAUGCGCAACAGCAGCCGUCGCCCAUGGGGUUUCAACAGGCGGAGGUGCACAAGCUAAGUCCACCAGCUGCUGGCAAGAAGCUGUUCGGGCAGGACAAGGAAGACAAGGCCCUGGGUGGUAUCAUCCUGACCCUGUGUGACGGAUCCUCCUACGAUCCGAUCUUCAAGGAGAUGUCGCAGUCCGACGACGACGGUACUGUUGUGGCCGUAUAUGCCGUGGCGAUGAGGAGUGCCGAGGAACUCGGCAAAGCCAUCGAGGAGGGCCACACGUCGAAGCCGGAGCUGGCAGAGCUUCUCAAGGAUCUUCAGGCCGUCCCGAAAGAGAAGGUUGUGUUCAACUGGGAAUGCUGCAGCGGCUGCAGCGAGGCGGGCUUUCCGCACGGAUUCGCCCUGCAGUAUCCCGCGCAGCGAGCACCGAGCAUCGUGAAGCUCCACCAGGCGCCGAUGAACGUGAAGCUGGCGAAGCUAGCUCUCGAUCGCGGAUACAUGGUGAUGUUUGCGGACUUCAGCCUCAAGGCGCUCAUCGCCAGCUGGAGCGAGGAAUUGCUCGGCCCGAAACCUUUCCGACAGCUGGGCGUCACGCAAGGCAAACUCCGGCUCACAUUCUCGCCAGAGACCUUGAAGCAGAGCUCCUCCAAGCAGCUCGUCAAGGUCGGGGAGCUGUGCACCACCGGCACCGCCGAUAUCAAUGCGAUGGGUUCAACCAUCGUCUAUGGAGUGGUUGACGAGGCGGAGAAGCGCGCACAUUCCAGUGGCGCCUACAAGCUGCAGAGGCUCACGGAGGCCGCCGCGCUCGGAGACCAAGGGCCAUCCUCGGCGGGGCACGUGAUGCUGACCUACCCCAGUGGCGGCCGACUUCUGACCAGCGCGGGCCACUGGAAGGAGCUGGCAUACCUGGGCGGGGUCUCCGAAGAGGGCCUGCUGCGCGUGGCAGAGCAGCGAUUCGGCCAGGCAUAUUCGGCACAGAUGCAGACCAGCCUGCAGCAGUGCAAGAGCGAGUUCGCCCGGCAACAGAUGCAGCAGGGCUUUGCCUCUGCUUGUGUCCAGAGCUACACGCCCUACUAA